ACUAAAUUGCUUCUGCACUGCCAAGUUAGUGAAGAAGUACUGAAUUACACGUAAAGUCGCAGAUUUGAUAAGUGUACAUACCGUAUUUAUAGGGUAUUAGGCAUUUACCACCAACAAGACUUUAUUAAAAUUAAUUUCAUAUCUAUUAAAAGAUAAUUCCAGAUGAUGUCACUGUGAUGCUCUAUAUUAAAGCUAAAACAUUUGCUACGUUACUCCUCGGUUUAUUUACAACCAGUAUUCCCUGAGGAACAGAAUAGAUAGUGUACAGUAAGAGGCGGUGCGUGCGGAGGAACGGCGUGCUGUAAACGCAGUGUCAGCGACUCUACGUGGCGAUGAUGGAACUCAGUGGAAGGCGGAAUAUGGAGAGCUCGAGGAGGAGCUGAUUUAUUUUAUCCGGGCCACGACACGUCCACGGAAUCCACGUGUAGCCGGUCAGAGCUGCACACACACGGGCUGCGCUGCUCUCAUCCGCCGCGGUGGGGGAUUCAUCAUGGAUGGUCCGCUGACCGCCGUCAACAGUGAAGGUGUCCUAAUGCGAUCCAGAGGAGCAGCUAAUAUGAUCUCGACACGGCUUGUGUUUGUGCUCAUCCUCCCAGCACUGACCCUGUGUGCUCCACAAGUCCAGAGCCUCAGUGAUGGCGUCCUUGCACCAGACCUUGCUAAUCCUUUUGGGUCUAGUGAAGACAACCGCAGGCUUCUGCAAAGCUACAUCAAGAGCAACCUGAAGGAAGGACAGACAAGUCCAGAGCUCAACACAAGGGAGCAAGAGGUGUUUUUCCUUUUCUCCCUGUAUGACUAUGACAGAAGUGGGCAGAUGGACGGUCUUGAACUGAUGCAGCUUCUGACAGAUUUCCUGACUUACCAUGAAAUGGCACCAAAGUCAACAGAUUCUGUUGUCACCUUGGUGGAUUACCUUCUACAAACUCAGGAUCUGAACCAGGAUGGACUACUGGCUCCAUCAGAGCUGUUAUCACCAUCCACAAUGGAGCAUCAAGAUAACAUUCCCACUGAUCCACCUGCUGAUGAGACUUCUAAGCAAGAGGAAACUGGUAAGAAACCAGAAAAUGGAGAUGCUAAAAAUCACCAGAAAGAUGCAGAGGUUGACCAAGGGUCUGAACAUAAAAACGAGACAGAUGAAGAACACAAGCAAACACCAGAGAAAGCUGAAGAACAGCAGGACCAACAGCAGCCUCCAAUAGAGCAGAAGCUGCAGGAUGACCAUCAGGAACUGGAGAACAUGCCAAUCCAUCAGAACCAACCUGAGAUGUAAUGGAUAAUCCUCAAUAAGUGCAACUUCAGAGACUAAGUUAUUGCUUUAGCUGCAUCUCAAAAAAAAAGAUAUAAAAGAAAAUCAGGCAUACAUUUAAAACCACUCACCUGCUUCAUAUGACUGAUUUACUUUAAUUUAUUAAUGGAUGUUAAAUAGUUGUCUCAAAAGACCUUAAAGCACGAGUUAAGGAUAUCAUCAAUGAGUUAUUCAUCAAGGUAAAUCGCAAAUUUACUGAACUCUAGACAUUCUCAAUCUGGAAUGAGUUGUGUAAUCCAGAAAGUUAUCAUUUGAAUUAAUCACUGUACAAAACUAUGCAAAUCCAGAACUUAGAGCUUAGUUUUACUGCAAGAUCAAUGCAAAUACAGUCUCAGCCAAGAUCUAGUUACCACCCAGCUACUUUUUUGGGGAAUUUAAUUGCCUUUGAAAUAAACCUCAAUUAGGUAGAGUUUCAGCUCCAUGA